GCAAAUUAGAGUUGCUGAAGUGAUAACAAAACAUUCUUUUAUGUAAAUAUUAUAAAUUUUCAAUUAGCUUAUCCUUGGGUUUGGGUAGAUAUAUUCUAUAAAGUAUAUUUUUUUUACCGAGUAUCGCAGUCGCAAUUCUUUUAAGCUACAGAUAUGUUGGGAAAAAACGUUCAGGUUUCACUUUUAUUUCUACUUUUCACCAUAAAUUUCAUCAAUUGUCUGGUGGUUUGCCAGCAGAAUGCCUGCGAUAUAGUUAAAUGUAAAGCGCCAGAAGAGUGUACUGGACCUAAUCAGGAUCUCAGGAAAGGAGGAUAUUGCAAUUGCUGCACUGUUUGCUAUACUACUCUAGAGGAAAAUGAGAAAUGUCCCACUUUUGUCACCAUAGGAGGUCCUCCACCUACAAUUGGUUGUGGGGAGGGAUUGAAAUGCAUUGGGGGUAAAUGUAAGAAACCAAAAGCUCCAUCUGAUUAAGUGAAUUAUUGUUAUUCAUAAGGCUUAAAAAUAUGUAAUCUAAAACUUACCUUAACUUCUUUGUACUUCACAAUUAAAAUAAAUCAUUCAAGUUGAA